AUGAAAACACCUAAGCCAACCUCUAACCAAUUAACUCUUUACUGCUGUAUGGAAAACGACUGUGGAAAAUCUUUUAUUACCAAGUUCAAUCUUAAACGGCAUGUGACAUCAGUGCAUUAUAAAUCAAAAAAAUUUAAAUGCAAUUAUUGCUUCAAAUCAUUUUCCAGUAAACAAAAUUUGGAUGAGCAUGUUUUUAUCCAUACAGGGGAAAGACCUUAUAUAUGUGAUAUGUGCCUAAUUUCUUUUCGACAAAUUAGUCAGCUGUCUCUGCACAAGCGGGACCAUGCAAAGCCGCUCCAUAAGAGUAAAUUACAGAAAAAGGCUUUAGAGCCAAAUUUUGAAAAAGAUAAAGAGCCAUGCAAUUUCCAUUUAAACAUUAACUAUAUUAUUAAGAGGCCCGUCGUAAUAGCUAGGGUUUCCCCCUGCUCUACCUUCACCCGGUUGCUCACCACCAAUCGAUCAUGACCUUCAAGGUGUUGCUCCUACUGGACGAGGAUGUGCACUCGCUACCCGUAGUUGGAUGAGUUAAACAACCCAGCAGUACGUCAAUAGAGGUUGCCCAUUCCGAAAAUUUGAAAAGCAAAUUUUCUGGUAGGACUGUCGGCCAAAAUGGAAAUCCAAAGCCUGGGACGUAACGUCCAGUUUCACGCUAGGGAGUUGCCCGAUUGAUUAGAAGGAUCCUUCCUGAUGCUGCUGAGCUUCCCCUUUCCAACCUUGGAAAAACCAUUUACCUGAGGCAAAAACCCUGGUGUCAGAAUGAGCUGCGGUCGGCCUAGUCCGACGUUGCGCUCUACUGUGCCAAGGAAAACCCUAGCCGGAUACACACUCCGAGCGCCUUUCUCCCUUCCACAAGGUCCCCGCGAACACAGGCUAUAGGUGUUGAGAAAAAGGGCUGGAUCGCCGUCGCCAUUUUAAUGUAUGCCAUGCAAUUUCCAAGAAAUAAAAAGUAGCGCUAACUCAGCUUUAAAAUGGAACAAAAUAUCGGUAAGAUUUCCAUUUUUAGUUUAAUUAACCCCUUUUAGAUUAGAUUAGAUUAACGCUAGGUAUUUAAGGUCCCCACUACGUCCGAGGAAGCAUUCUACGGUUUCCCGUAUGGUGGCAGAGCGUUCACCAAGCCCGAGCCGAAACCCCCGGUUUCUCGGUAGAGCCAUUGUCAAGGGCCGUCUCAUACCGGCUUUGCUGACCGCCUCCAUUUCCAACUUGGAUCGUCACCUAAGUUUACGCCAACACUGCCGCGUCGUCCGCCAGAUCUGUCCAUUGAAGGGCACCUUUUAAACUGGAGAGACCCCCGUUUAGUUGUCUAACUCGCCUUCCCCUCUUUUCCGGUCAUCCCGAGAAAGAAUUCAACAGCUUUCGCCAUUCGGGGCGAGCCACAAAAGCAGCUUAGGCAGGUAAGUCGCCCUGCCUCAUUUCGGGCACUCACUGGGCUGAGCGCUGAUGGCAAAAAGAAGUCACGAGUAACUGCCCAUGGGUCUGGUCACAAAAACAGCGGCUUUUGCGCUUAGGCCUCUCGCUUCGAGGUCCCAGACGUUGUUGGGCUAACUCCUGGCUCCAAAAACCAUGCCCGGAUAUACAUGGGUAACCACCACUGAGAGGGUGGGUCGGCCCGCCGUCCGCCAAUUUAUGUAUAUAAUUAACCCCUUUUAAACGGAAUAAUAUUUUUAUCUUUAGGCAAAAAUAAUUAAUAACCAAUUUAUUGUUACCGAAAAAUAUUUGCUGGUAAAGUGCUAUACUUAGUUAGUUAGUAGUAAAAUAACUCUAAUAAAUAUUUCUCCUGUUUUCUGGAGCCUUUUACGUGAAAUAUGACGUCCGCUCUGAGCAGCAGAUCUGCAGUUACCUCGAUCAUUAUAGUUCAUUGCGCCCCAGCUUGAAAAAAAGCUCUUUUCCUUCUAUCCCGCACGACUGGAUAGUGUCUCUAUUGAUUAAGACUCCCAGAAAAAAGCAAGAAUUCCCUUCACUGAGUCAGAGUAAGGGGACUAUUCUUACCAGAUCUCCCCAUUUUUAAUUUUGUGUUACAUUUUAAAGAGGAGUGUAGUUAAUUGGGUAUUUAAGCAAAUAAAUUAUAUAGUAAUUUUUUUUAAAUAAAAAUUUCUAAUUAUUUUUUUUCAAAAUAUAUCAACCCUGAUUUAAAUUAGAACAGAAUUAUUUGCUCCAUUUGAGGAAAGAGUGAGAAAAUUAAAAUAGCUUCUAAUAUAUCUUACAUUAGUCUACCUUUAUUACAAAUGCAAGUAGAGGAAGAAAUUAAGCUGCCUAGGGUGUCCGAUAUCAUUAGUUCUGAUAUAAUGUAUAAUUAAAUGAAUAAUAGCGUAAAUUUUCAAUAAAUAUAUCUUAAGUCAAAAAUCAUUAUUUUGCAAAAAAUAGAGAAACCAGUUUUAGCUAUAAAUUAAUGUAACAGCGUACUUAGCAUAG